AUGACUUCAAGCGUACCUCGACCAGGCCCGGCGAACUUGGGCCCCAAUGCCGGACUCGAUGAGUGGCUCGAGGAGGCGAAACAGUGCCACUAUCUUCCCGAGCGAGCCAUGAAGGAGCUUUGCGAAAAGGUUAAGGAGAUUUUGAUGGAAGAGUCCAACAUUCAGCCCGUCUGCACGCCAGUAACGGUUUGUGGCGACAUCCACGGCCAGUUUUACGAUUUGCUGGAACUUUUCCGCGUCGCUGGCGGCAUGCCAGGAGAAAGCAACGUCCAAGCACCGAAAACAUCGACCACCGUCAUCACCUCGCAAGAUAUCGAGCCUCCCGAGAUCACGAAUCCGAAGCUGCUUAAGAAAUUAAAAUCACCAAGCAACGAAACCAUAGACCGCGACUCCGGCGACGAAGCGGACGCAUCAACAGAGGCCGCAGCUGGCUCUGCGGAUAUCAAUAGCACCGUCCCUUCUUCACAAAGCGCGGAGACUCGAUUCAUAUUCCUCGGUGACUUUGUCGACCGCGGCUACUUCAGUCUGGAGACAUUUACAUUGUUAAUGUGCCUCAAAGCCAAAUAUCCCGAACGUAUAGUUCUAGUCCGUGGCAAUCACGAGUCGCGUCAAAUUACCCAGGUGUACGGCUUCUACGAAGAAUGUCAACAGAAAUACGGAAACGCGUCGGUGUGGAAGGCAUGCUGUCAUGUAUUUGACUUCCUCGUCCUCGCUGCCAUUGUUGAUGGAGAGGUCCUCUGCGUCCACGGUGGCCUAAGUCCGGAAAUCAGAACGAUAGAUCAAAUUCGCGUCGUGGCGCGCGCACAAGAGAUCCCUCACGAAGGCGCUUUCUGUGACUUGGUGUGGUCUGAUCCGGAAGACGUCGAGACAUGGGCAAUCAGUCCACGAGGUGCCGGCUGGCUAUUCGGCGAUAAAGUGGCAACAGAAUUCAAUCACGUCAACGGGCUGAAGCUGAUUGCACGCGCCCAUCAGCUGGUCAACGAAGGAUAUAAGUACCAUUUCCCAGAGAACUCUGUCGUCACAGUCUGGUCGGCGCCAAACUACUGCUACCGGUGCGGAAAUGUUGCUUCCAUCAUGACCGUUGACAAGGAUCUCGAUCCCAGGUUCAGCAUCUUUUCGGCUGUGCCUGAUGAUUUGAGACACGUGCCCGCCGGGCGGCGGGGCCCAAGCGACUAUUUCCUGUAA